GAAAGAUGAAGGCGUUGCACAUACUGCUGCUUGCUGCAGCUUUCAUCAGCCUCACUUUUAAUGCCACACAUGGAGAGGAAAUCAUCAAUGGCAAGAAAGCCAAGAAGAACUCACUUCAGUACAUGGCAUCUGUGCAGUCAAAGGGAAAGCACAUAUGUGGAGGAUUUCUCAUAAGCCCCAGCUACGUGCUCACUGCUGCCCACUGUUUCCAAAGUAACCUUAGCGUGGUCCUCGGAACUCAGAACAUUGAUGCGAAACGGAAUGACCUGAGAAGAUAUGCAGUGAAAAGCGUGCACAUUCACCCAUCAUACAAGAAAAAACCACGUUAUGGGUCUGACAUCAUGCUCCUGAUGAUUUCAGGGAAAGUCAAUUUGAAUAAAGAUCUGAAGGUCAUCAAAAUCUCAAGCAAUCAGAAACGAGUCAAGCCCAAUACCAAGUGCCAGGUUGCAGGAUGGGGAAAAACUGAAACUCAGAACACGGUGAAUGACCUCAUGGUGACUGAUGUGUCAACCAUAGAUAUCACAGUCUGUAAGAAGCAGUGGAAUAAAAAGAAAGUGGAACUCCCAGCUAAGAUUUUGUGUGCAGGAGGCUACGGAACCAAAAGUGGAGCAUGCCAGGGUGAUUCUGGUGGGCCUCUGGUGUGCGGUCGUCUUGCAGUGGGCAUUGUGUCCUUCAAUUUACAUGCUAAUUGUAGCUAUCCAAAUGUGCCAAAUGUCUACACUGAGAUUUCAGCUUACGCAGAUUGGAUUAACAAAGUGAUCAAAAGAGAUGCUUAAGGUGUAUUUUGUGUGUUUAAUAUCAUGUGAUUGCAUAAAAUUUGCAAUCCUUUAAUUAUAGUCACAGCUAAUGUCUGAUGCUUCUGCUUUUUAGAACUUGUCUGAAAAAGCCCACAUUCUCACAAACGUGAGACCUAGACUAUUCAGCAGAAACCACACGAUACACCACAUCCUUUAAACAGCUGUCAAGAGAAGGGUGAAAGUCAAUUACUUAAUAUAAACUCUCACUUCUGUAUAUAAACAGAACAACUGGUGUGACUGCUGUAUGAUUGUAUUGCUGUUGGCUUAUUAAACAACCGCAUUCUGCCUUCUUUAUGAGCAA